AUGGUAGUCAAUCAAGACAUAGAUAAUGCAGAGAAGGCUGUGAGGUAUGGGGUGCCAUUUAAGCUUCGUCACGUAGCAUCUGGAUCAGUUUUACACUCUCACUAUAGUAACUACUCAUCUGGGUCUUACCAGCAAGAAGUCGGGUGCUACGAAAGUAAUGACAUCAAUGACUGGUGGAUUGUAAAAGGACCAUCAGGCACUGAUUUAUGGAAUUGCUCUAUAGGUGAGCCAGUAUUGAACAACUCAAUAAUUCGGCUUUAUCAUGUUGGGACUCGCAAAUAUCUGAGAUCAGAUCAUUGGCAUUUUUCACCAACAAGUUAUCAGCAAGAAGUAAUGUGCGAUGGAGAGUGCGACAAUAGAGACGACAAUGACGAUUGAAAGCUUGAAAUUGAAGGAGCUAACCCUGCUGACCCUUGGCUUGGGGAGCAAAAAGUUUUUCUGAUCCAUGUAAACACUGGAUUGGCCUUGCGCUCAAAUUUCGGAAAGUAUAUUAACUCGCUACAGCAAGAAGUUUCCUGCCAUUUUGGAAAAGAUAUAAAUGGAUUCUGGCGAGUUGAAAGUAUGGCUUAA